UAUGGCAUUUUUAUAGCCGAUCCCGAUCCAAAGCAGUCCUUCUGGCUGGAAAGUUCCCGGCUUCUUUCCUACUAUCACCUUUAUGACGGGAUGGAUGUUGAAUACAAGUCGAAACUUCGUCGUCUUAUCGUCAGCACCAUGGAUGGCACGCGCAAAACGCUUCAAGUAGAUGAGAGCAAAACUAUAGCAGAUUUGAUGCUGGCGAUCUGCGGUAAAAUGGGGAUCACAAAUCAUGAAGAAUAUUCCCUCAUACACGAGAAGGCGCGAAUGCAAACUAUCCGGAAGGGCAAAACUCUACCGCGUGACUAUGAUCGCCUGGAAAAGCUAAAGCAAAAACUGCAUACCGACGACGAUUUAAACUGGCUUUCUCAUUCGAAGACGCUGCGACAGCAUGGAAUAGAAGAAACAGACAACCUCCUUCUUCAGCGCAAAUACUUUUUCUCUGAUCAGAAUGUUGAUGCGCGAGAUCCCGUCCAGUUGAACCUCCUGUAUCUACAGGUGACUAAUAUUUGCUAA